AUGUCUCAGAAAAGCCUCAGUAAUCACGAGGCUCGGUGUGAUGCCAGUAAGAGCCUGGAUGUUGACAUCUAUAAACAGCAGCGCCGUCUGGAGAAGCAAAUGCGCCGGAAGAAAAAAAGGCAAUGUGUUACGGCUCCCAAUGCAGCUUCCUCACAAGAAGGCGGAGAUACGAGUCACAAUGCUCGUCGACUAAGUCCUGAAGAUCGGAUGGAUGUCAACAAUGAUCAUAUGUUUGAUCAUGAUCAUAUGCACGAGGAUAGAGCACUGAGCAGGAAUAUGCUCCGUCGGUGGAUCAUAAAAAAUGACGAAACAUUAAUGUUCAAUUGUCCGGGAGUCGCCAAGCGGAUGGCCUCAGGUUCAUUCGAAGUCCAACCUGGGAUGGCACAAGAGCUACUCAUUCAACAGGCUCAUUCGGUCUGUCCUCAGCUCGCUAUGCCCGAUGGAGAAUUUCCCCACCCUGAUGUUUGGACACCUGUCGUUGGGGACAAAUGGGUCUGCAGCCUUUGCCAGGACAACAAGUCUCAUACUCGGCGGGCAGCAAAGGUACACGAGAGGACAAGAACACAUCAAGAUUCCAUCAAAUAUCACUUGAAAAAACAGCAGCAUUGCAUGGACGGCUCAGCGGAAGCCAAAGCUCAAUCUGCGAAUGCAAAGUCCAUUGCGGGACUUCAUCUGCUGCUGGAUGACAUGGCCACUCCUAAUUCUGAGCUGCCAGUGGGCGGCGACUCAGCGGACAACAUCUUCGACUAUUUUGCCACAACGGCUGGUGACAUUGGCGGUGGAGAUAACAGCGACAAUUUCGAAAAAUCUGUUCCCGCGGUCAUGAAGGCAAUGAUUGCUCAAGGGUUGAGCGACUUUUUGGAUGAAGGUGACCUCUUGGAUGAUCAGGCAGCUGAGAUGUCAGAAGAUGAGGGAUUCUCUAAUACGAGGCGGAUGCAGCAUGACGAUGAUGGCACUGACAACACUGACAUCCGAGCUGGAACUGGCUGGGAUCAAAAUCAUUCUCGACAACAUAUUGUCAACGAGGAGUGGUUUCCAUGGCCAGAUAAGAUUACAUGCACGCUCAAUAUUCUCAUGCACCUCCCACGUUCAGUUUUUUCAGAGCGACAAAUUGAUAUUUUGCUGUGGCUACUUCGGGUCAAUAAUGUGAAUAACGUGCCUUCUGUAAAGUCUGUCAAAUGUGUUCAAGACACAAUUCAAAGAUUGUGUGGCAUCCGCUCGAUUCCUUAUGACGGUGCUCUUGGGCAUAGAUACUAUGUCAACUCAUUGGCUGACCUUAUUCAGCAGGAAAUGAUGAAUCCUCGGGUUCACCCACUGCUGCACUUUUACCCUGAAGAUGCUGGUCCGAAACUGAAUGAAACUUGGCAAGCCAAACACUGGCUCGAGGAACUUGAUCCAGAGCUGCUUACGCCCGUCGUUAGACUGCAAAAUCAAGAUUUCUUUGUGUUCGAACCUGCACUGCUAACCAGUGGCCAAGCCUGUAUGCCGUUUCGCUGGUUCACCCAUUGCAAGAAAAUGUAUGCGAGGGCUUGGCGAUUGCAGCCAGUCACUCAUGAAAGCUGUGGGUGGGUUGUACGACAAUUUGAAUCGUUUGAGGUCUCGGAAGAUGACCUCCUUGUAUCGUUCAAAAAUUGGAGUUUGAGUGAGGCGACGUCUGGACUACCUCGUGCAUGCCAGAUCUAUGGAUUGCCGCGAGCAGCGGUCCAUCAAGAGUACAAUGUCCAUUUUCUUUGUACUUCAAAUCUUGCCCCUCCACUCGAGAUGUUAGACGGCAUUGUCAAUCAACUUGAAGAUGCAUGGAAGCACGGUAUCUGGGCCUGGGACUGUGUCCACGAGGAAUAUGUUCUUGUAAUUCCUUCAGUGUUGGCCUUGCUCGGAGACAACCCUAUGCAAAGUGAAAUGGCAUGUCACAUUGGUUCAAUGGGGAAAUAUUUUUGCCGCGUCUGCAAAGUGAAGGGUCGCGAGGCAGUGGGGAAGGAGAGUAAUUCUGGACGAGCAGAUGCCAUGCAACCCGAAGAUGGUGACAAUGGCAUAGGCGAGGAGAAACGAAGAAAAGAGACUAUGGAAGAGUUAGUAACUCGUGCUAAGCGGUUCGUCAAGAUAGGAGAAGCACGUUGCAAGGACGAAACUGUCGCUGAACUUAAGUCCAUGUUUGUUGAUGCAUCGACGGUUGGGAACCAGAGCAGGAUCAAGCAAAGAAAAACUUCCACCGGCAUCAAGGAUACUUUCCUCGACUCAUUCCUGAAUUGUCUAGCUGAAUCAUACAGCAAAAUUCGUGGAGGCAAUAGUGCAAAGCAGGAAGCUCUCGACAGAGUAAAAGAGACAUUGCCUGAAAAUGUUAUCAGUCCUGUGUGGCGAAUCAAAGGUCUCGAUCCCCACACAGGCACACCUGUGGAAAUCUUGCACACCAUCCUUCUUGGAUUUGUCAAAUAUUUUUGGUGUGAUGCGAUCUCAAUAUGGAUCGGGAAAAACAAGUUGAAGCGCGAGCUUUUGGAGACUCGCAUCUCUUCUGUCGACGUUGCAGGUCUCGGACUCAGUCGUCUUAAUGGCCACACCCUUGUUCAGUACACAGGAUCUCUUGUUGGUCGUGAUUUUCGGGCCAUUGCACAGAUCACACCCUUUGUGCUCCAUGACUUGGUACCCAAAGAUUGCUAUGAUACCUGGGUUGCUCUGUCGAACUUGAUACCACUUGUUUGGCAGCCUCAAAUUGAUAAUUCUGCAGAACAUCUGGUGGCCGCUUUGUUUGCAACAGAGUCUUUUGAAUCCUUCAAUGCAGUCAUCCGUGCGAAGAGCAUCCACUCGAACCGUCGUGCUCCUUCUCGAGAUAUUGCACAUUCUUUUGCCCAAGGAAGUCGGAUUCGUCAUAUACUCUCGGGGGCACAGAUACUCAUCCGUAACCUCAAUACCGAAGCCCACAACUCUGGUGGCCCCAUCCAACUUGAAGUCUCCAAUCCUUUGUCAGGCAUGCAUGGACCACCCAAGUCGGAGGACAAAGUCGUUGUUGGGAAGGGCCCAUUGAGCCUUAUUCAACGACCAAAUAUUAUCACAGAUUAUCUUGGACUCGACACUCUACAAGACACUACGAAAUAUGCAACCGAGACAGGGCAACAUUUCCCUGAUGCACUCGCAUCACUUCCACGUAACAUUCUGGAAGGAAAUAAUUUCCGAACUUGCAAGUCCGUUGUUCUUUUUAAUGGAGAUAUUUGUAAAAUCGGAGAUUGGGUCCUUGUGGUCAAUCAGACGCCAGGACAGUCUCCCAUAGUAGCGUGUGUACGAGAACUAAUUCAACGUAAAGAUUCAGAUGCAGAUAUACUUCUGCGUCCAGAUGCAGUUCUGCUUGAACGUGGAAUUAUUGGUGAAGCAGUUGCACCUUACUCCAUGCCUGCUGUAAAGGCACAUGGCAGAUUUUUACUUUAUCCUAUCGAGCAUCAAUGUCAAGUGUACAAAUGUGCAGCUUCCGACACUGAGUUCAUUUACGAAGAACAGGCCAAGACCUCAAAAACAAAGCUCGUAAUACAUCAUAGUGGGGACCCUGGUGACUUCAUCCUCAACACUGCGCAAAUGCAUGAUGCAAAGCACAUGCAGGGUCUUCGAACACCAAUUCAAGAACCAGAUAUGAACCUUGUGAUUCUCGAGGGUGCUGCAAGGGAGAUUCGGACAUGUAGUACUGAUGACACCACGAGUGGAGCUUCUUUGGCAUCUACAUCAGCACGUAGGCCGCGUGGACGAGGUGGACACGGUCAUCAAGUUCAUACAUCAUUACAGCAACACAAUCAUAUACAGUCUCUACGAGUAUGA